AAAUAAUAAAACUUAUUCCAAAUGUUGAAGAAAUUGCAAUAGUCAGCAAAGGGAGCAUAUAAUCAGAGAUUUGGAAACGAGAAAUACGAGGAAAUGGAAGAAGAAAAGAACAACAAGUAAGCAGAUUCACUAUUCUCAUAAUUCAAUGCUACUCUCCAAUUCAAUCAGACUGAUAACAACUGCUGUAAUCAACUUAUAUAUUUAAGAAAUAAAUAAUAAUCAUGAGCAAGUUAUCGAAGUUUCAGACAGAACAUAAAUAGAUUUCACUAAAGCACUCAUUCCAGAAGAACUGAAAUAAUAAAUGCAGGAAGAAGAAAUUAAGGAGAUUGCCAUUGAAAACAAUAAAAAGAGUUACAAGAAGCCUAAAAAAAAUGAUGAAAUGCCAGAAUUUUUAACAAAAAAAAUUUGUUUAAAUGAAAAUGGUGAAAACUACUACGAAAUAGCAGCCAAAAAAGCAAAGGAAUAAAAUAGUACUAUGUUCUAAUUAAAACAUUUUGUAAUAACAAAGGCAACAAGUGUGCAAUAAUAGGUCAAAGUAAUUUUUAUUAUAUAUAUUCAUAGAAAUCUCUCAAAAAACUAGACGCUCAUGUCAAAAAAAAAAUUUUAGAAAAGAAACAACAUAUCAACCUUUGGAUAGCAGGAUAAUUGGAUGCUAAAAUCGUAUCUUUAAUGAGUAACAUGGAACCCAAAAUAACGGAGAGUGUAAAGAAAUCGGUUCCUUUUGAUUUUAUGUAAGACUUCAUGCAUGAUACAGCCAUUAAUUUAUGGAAAGAUUUCACAGAUUUAGUGAGAUUAGAAUUAAGGGCGAAAUUUGAUAGUAAGAAAGUUGAAAUUAAGAAAAGAGAAGUUAAAGGUCCUUUAAAUGUAUUAAGGAAUUUUAUCCUUUAUUCUCUUUAUCCUGCAGAUCUAACGACUAAAGAUCACAUGAAUAGAAUUUCUUUUAAGGUGCUUAAAUUAUCUCAAUACCUACCAUACAUGGGCAUAUAACCAUUAAUGUUUUCUAUCAUUCUACUUUGUAUCAACAAAGUAAAUUAUAAAUUUAUAUAUAUAGGAAGAAUAUUAAUUAGUUAAUUACAUAGCAGAUUAUAAAUCUAUCUAGUUUUUAACAAAUGGAAUAAUUCCAUGUCUAAUUGCCUAUUUCUAUUAUUUUUUCUAUGAUCAAGGACCGUCAUAUCAUCAAUCUAUUUUUGUACUCCUUUUCACAUUUUUGGCUCAGUGUAUUAAUGUUUGGAUAGCUUUUUAUUUGUUAAAAAGCUCUCAUUCCAAGGGAGAAGUCUUAAAGGCAGAACUAACAAUAACUUAGGAAGAGAAAGGAGGUAGAUUAAAAUACUUUUUAAUAUAUGAUUUAAUUUGUUUAGUUGUAACUAUUUGUGCAUCAAGUAUGAUUCUAGAAUAUAUACUUAGUUAUUGUCUAUUUCUCACACACAAUGAAUGACCCAAGAUAAUCAUUUGGAGAUUUGUUAUUUUUUGCAAGAACCAUAUAUGCAUUUUUCAGUUUCCCUUUCAUAAUCUUUAUGUUGCCAUUUUUUGUUAAAUUAUUAACAAAUGCUAUUGCAACUGGUUAUGAUAAAUAUGGAAAUUGCAUAUAAGCUAUGAAUUCUAUUUAAAUGACAUACAGAGAAGCAGCUUUAAACAGGAAAGAAGACAUAGAUAUUGAAGAAAUUAUUGAUUAAGAUUAGGAUGACUAACAUAAUGAUGAUAGUAAGCUUAAAAAUUAAAAUCAAGGCCUUAAUAAAACAGUUGGCUGAUUUAAUUAAAUAUUUAUAAGUG